CUCAAAAUGGAGAGAAAGACAUUAUACCCAACAUCACAUCUAUACAAUCUUGCAAUACUUGCUAUGCUCUCUUUGGGCUCUUUUCCUUCUUCUUCCAGCCUCUCCUUUGACUUUUAUGCUGCUUCAUGCCCAUCUGCUGAAAUGAUGGUGAAAAAUACAGUUAGAGCAGCUUCAUCCUUGGACCCAACCCUCCCUGGAAAGCUUCUUCGCUUGCUUUUUCAUGACUGCUUUAUAGAGGGCUGUGAUGCUUCAGUGUUGUUGCAAGGAAAUGGAACAGAGAGAAGUGACCCAGCAAACAAAUCUCUUGGAGGAUUUUCAGUGAUAGAUUCUGCAAAAAGACUACUUGAAAUCUUUUGCCCAGCAACUGUUUCUUGUGCUGAUAUCGUUGCUUUGGCUGCUAGAGAUGCAGUUGAAUUUGCGGGUGGACCAGCGGUUCGGGUUCCGACCGGAAGGAGAGAUGGAAAGGUUUCCGUAGCUGCAAAUGUAAGGCCAAACAUAGUGGACACAAGUUUUACAUUGGAAGAAAUGGUUAAGAUCUUCGCCGCCAAGGGGCUGUCUUUGGAUGACCUUGUUACCCUCUCAGGAGCUCACACCAUAGGAUCAGCCCAUUGCAGUUCAUUUAGCGACCGGUUCCAACUCAACUCUAAAGGAAAGCUCACUCGCGUGGAUGCAUCCCUGGGCAAAGAUUAUGCGGCCAAACUGGCUAAACAGUGUCCUGCAGGAGCAAGCUUGUCUGUAACUGUUAACAACGAUCCCGAAACACCUGCCCUUUUUGAUAACCAAUAUUACAAGGAUCUCCUACUCCACAAGGGCCUCUUCCAAUCUGAUUCCGUUCUAGUUAGUGAUCAAAGAACAACGAACAAAGUUGUGGAAUUAGCAAAUGACCAGCAAAGUUUUUUUGAGAGUUGGGGCGAGUCGUUCAUGAAGCUUGUGAGCAUUGGAGUGAAAACGGGUGAUGAAGGAGAGGUUCGACAAUCUUGUUCUGUGACUAAUGGAUGAAGCAUUGGGGAGUAGUGGAAAAUCAUUCGAAUAGUUUGAGAAAUAAGCAAGGAGAGUGCUUCAAAAGUACUAAUCAAAUAAGGCCUUAGAAGAAUUCUGUUGGCA